AGAUUGCCGUCUAGGUUAAACGACUCUCUAGAUUGCUGUCUCUGCCCCAUCUUUUCUCUUUAGCUAAUAUCGUCGAUCAAUAUGGCCAUGGAUAAUCCCUUCUUCUGUAGGAUCUCUCUCUAUCUCUUGCUCGAAAUUGUUUACUGCAGGGCAAAUACUAAAGUGUUUGUGGACGUCGAUGAUUGCCCAAUCCCUAAUGGUCUAGAUACUAGGGAACUUUUGGUGAACAUUAAAACGUCCCUUGAGAAUCAGGGUUAUUUUGGUAGGGUCACUGUCAAUUUUUAUGGCAGAAGAGAUCGAACGGAAUGUAUCACUCAGUUGUUAGAUGUGAAUAUCUUCAACACAUUCCCAGGAACUAUUGCUCAGAGACGUACGAGAAUCUUUAUUGAUUUGCUUUAUCGAGCGACUGAGACCUAUAAACCACAGAAUUUUUUGAUAAUCAUGGGAGACAUCUCAAACCACAAGGGGUUCCUCAAGAGUAUUCACAAACUUAAAUCGAAACGACGUUUCAAUUUUCUGUUAGCACAGCCCCACAAGGCUUCCGAGGAGCUACAUGAUGCUGUAAGUACAGAAUGGCUUUGGGAAAGCCUAACAGCUGGAGGUGGCCCUAUCAACAACUUAAGCGAAAGCGCACAACAAUUCUAAGUUUUAAUAUCUCUUUCGAUGAAUGUUUUAAGACUUAUUGUUACUUCUGUAUUGUGACAUCUCUUUUUUAGUUAAGAGUUGCAAAGCAUGGAA